GGCGAGGAGCGCGCGCGGCGCAGCCGGAGCCCGCCGCCCGGGAUAUGGCCCAGGCGGGCCACGCAGGUGGCCCUCCCCCGGGCGGCGGUGGCCCCUGGAACCUGAGAAACGUGCUUGGAGACUCCGUGGAGAGCUCGGACGAUGAAUUCUUUGAUGCCAGAGAGGAGGUGGCGGAAGGGAAGAGUGCCCUCCUCAUCGGGAUGAGCCAGUGGAACUCCAACGACCUGGCGGAGCAGAUGGAGACCAUGGGGAAGCUGGACGAGCGAACGGGAGAUGCGAGCGCCCCAUGCACUUCCAGCGCCCUCCAGGAGAAGCAGCGAGAGCUGUAUCGGGUCUCCCUGAGAAGACAGAGGUUCCCAGCCCAGGGAAGCAUCGAGAUCCACGAAGACAAUGAGGAAGGCUGCCCACAGCGCUCCUGCAAGACGCACGUCCUCCUGCUGGUGCUGCACGGAGGGAGCAUCCUGGACACGGGCGUGGGGGACCCAUCCUGCAAGGCGGCCGACAUCCACACCUUCGGGUCGGUGCUAGAGAAGGUCACGCGAGCCCACUUCCCAGCGGCCCUGGGCCACAUCCUCAUCAAGUUCGUGCCCUGCCCUGCUGUCUGCUCUGACGCCUUCUCCCUCGUCUCUAACCUGAACCCCUACAGCCACGAUGACGGCGGCCUCGGCAACAGCCAGGACCACGUCCCUCUGGCUGCCCUGCCCCUGCUGGCCAUCUCCUCCCCGCGCUACCAGGACGCGGUGGCGACUGUCAUUGAGCGGGCCAACCAGGUCUACGCGGAGUUCCUCAAGUCUCCGGAUGGGAUUGGCUUCAGUGGGCAGGUGUGUCUCAUCGGGGACUGUGUGGGGGGCCUCCUGGCCUUCGACGCCAUCUGCUACAGCGCAGGGCCCUCGGGGGACAGCCCGGGCAGCAGCAGCCGGAAGGGGAGCAUCAGCAGCACACAGGACAGCCCAGUCGUGGUGAGCGAGGCGUGCGGUCUGGCUGGCAGCAAGCGCCUCAGCAGGAGCAGCAUCGACGUGUCCAGCGCGCCCGAGGACGAGGGGCCCCAGAGGCCGUUGCCACGGAAACAGAGCGACUCAUCCACCUACGACUGUGAGGCCGUCGCCCAGCAUCACACCUUCCUGUCGAGCAUCCACUCCAGCGUGCUGAAGGACGAGGCCGAGCCCCCCCGCGCCCAGGGCUCCCAGCCACCUGAGGUCAGCCUGGGCCGCCUGGACUUCGACGUGUCCGACUUCUUCCUCUUCGGUUCGCCCCUGGGCCUGGUCCUGGCCAUGCGGAGGACGGUGCUGCCCGGGCUGGACGGCCUCCACGUGCGCCCUGCCUGUGGCCAGGUGUACAGCUUCUUCCACUGUGCCGACCCCUCGGCCUCACGGCUGGAGCCCCUGCUGGAGCCCAAGUUCCACCUGGUGCCGCCGGUCAGCGUGCCCCGCUACCAGAGGUUCCCGCUGGGCGACGGACAGUCCCUCCUCCUGGCGGAUGCCCUGCGUGCCCACAGCCCCCUCUUCCUGGAAGGCAGCUCACGGGACAGCCCGCCGCUUCCGGAUGCCCCCUCCUCGUCUCCCCAGGGCCUGCGGGCCCAGCAGCCGGAACGGAGGACGAGCCAGGACAGCUCCCAUAGUGAGAGCUCGGCGUCCUCGGACAGCCUGGCACCAGUGGGUGCCUCCCACGUCACAGCCAGGUGGUGGGGCGCCAGGCGCAUCGACUACGCCCUGUACUGCCCCGACGUCCUGACAGCCUUCCCCACGGUGGCCCUGCCACACCUCUUCCACGCCAGCUACUGGGAGUCCACGGACGUGGUGGCCUUCAUCCUGAGACAGGUGAUGCGCUACGAGACAGUGACCGUCAAGGAGAGUGCGGGCCUCGACCCCACAGCACUGAGCCCCGCCAAGCCCCGGGAGAAGUGGCUCCGCAAGCGGACUCAGGUCAAGCUGCGGAAUGUGACUGCGAACCACCGGGCCAACGAUGUGAUCGCGGCCGAAGACGGCCCCCAGGUCCUGGUGGGGCGCUUCAUGUACGGGCCCCUUGACAUGGUGGCCCUGACCGGAGAGAAGGUGGACAUCCUGGUGAUGGCGGAGCCGUCCUCGGGCCGCUGGGUGCACCUGGACACCGAGAUCACCAACGGCAGCGGCCGGAUCACGUACAGCGUGCCGCGGCCCCGGCGCCUGGGGGUCGGCGUCUACCCCGUGAAGAUGGUUGUCAGGGGCGACCAGACCUUCGCGACGAGCUACCUCACGGUGCUGCCCCGGGGCAUGGAGUGCGUGGUGUUCAGCAUCGACGGGUCCUUCGCCGCCAGCGUGUCCAUCAUGGGUAGUGACCCCAAGGUCCGGCCAGGCGCAGUGGACGUCGUCCGGCACUGGCAGGACCUGGGCUAUCUGAUUCUGUACAUCACGGGCCGGCCAGACAUGCAGAAGCAGCGGGUGGUUUCCUGGCUGUCUCAGCACAACUUUCCCCAGGGCAUGAUUUUCUUCUCCGAUGGGCUGGUGCACGACCCCCUGCGGCAGAAGGCCAUCUUCCUGCGUAACCUCGUGCAGGAGUGUUUCAUCAGAAUCAGCGCGGCCUACGGCUCCACCAAGGACAUCUCGGUCUACAGCGUGCUGGGGCUGCCGCCCUCCCAGAUCUUUAUUGUGGGCCGGCCGGCCAAGAAGUACCAGACCCAGUGCCAGUUUCUGAGCGAGGGCUACGCCGCGCACCUGGCGGUGCUGGAGGCCGGCCACCGCUCGCGCCCCAAGAAGAACAACUCGCGAAUGGUCCUGCGCAAGGGCAGCUUUGGCCUGCACGCCCAGCCCGAGUUCCUGCGCAAGCGGAACCACCUGCGCCGCACCAUGUCCGUGCAGCAGCCCGACCCACCCGCCAACCCCAAGCCUGAGCGGGCACAGAGCCAGCCCGAGUCUGACAAGGACCACGAGCGGCCCCUGGCCGCGCUCAGCUGGGCACGCGGGCCCCCCAAGUUCGAGUCGGUGCCCUGA